CUUAUACUCUGUUCUCUUCUAUAUGCAUUCUGACAUUUUACUACUCUCAAGUGGAAGGUGACUUCCCGAAAACUAACCUCCAUCGUCUCAUCUCUUACAUCCUGCGCGGCGUGAUCGCCGAGUAAAGAUGGACUUAUUUAAUAGCCCGAUCUCCCAUUUCUUAGCUUCAAUCAAUCUAUGGAAAGUCGCAACCAUCAUUUUGCUGGCGAUAAAUGUGAAAUGCUUGCCAUUCGUAUGGCAUUAUCGCAUCUUCAAUCCGCUGGUGAGAGCUGCAUGGCUGAGGUUUCGCUCUCGCUCCCGGCCAGUGUUGGCACCAGACUCCAAGACCCCGGCCGUGUUCCUACCCUCUAUAACCAGCACAUACGCUCCCUUGCUGGAAUGCGAUUAUAAUCUCCACAAGUCCAACAGUACAUACUUCACCGACUUGGAUGCAAGCCGAUCAUAUCUUCUCUCCUACCUCUGCUAUGAUGGUUUGGCGAAGGUUGACCGCGAGCUCGCCACCGAGGGAAAGAAGGGUAUGUUGGCAGCUAUUAUCGGAUCAGUUACCACUAGCUUUAAGAAGGAGAUCCGAAUUUUCCAGGAGUACGAGGUUUGGUCUAGAAUUAUUACAUGGGAUCGGAAAUGGCUCUAUAUUGUGACCCAUUUCGUCCAAAAAGGAUCUGUGAAACCGGCGGGUUACGUAGCUGCUAGUUCUACACGUCUUGGAUUGAAGAAUUCGGGUGGGGAAUCCAAAACCGGCUCUACCCAGCCGAUUAUUUUCGCUACGUCCGUAUCCAAAUACGUGUUUAAGAAAGGGAGAUUGACCAUUCCUCCGGAACGACUUCUGCGGGCUUCCGGACUGCUGGAACACGGUGAUGAUAAUGGGGUACGAGGAAAGGAUAUGGACCGGUCCGUUGAUGGCCACAAGAGUGCAAGCGAUUCGACUCUUCCUGAACAUAUUGAGUUGGAACGCCUCAAAGGUAUGGUUUACGCUGAGUCCUGGAACCGACUGGACUCACUCCACGAACAACUACUCAAGGAAGACGAGAUAAGCGAAGGGGUGCUAGCCAUAGAUCAUGUUGGCGACAUUUCGCUCCCAUGGAGACGGUCUCCGACCGUCUAGAGAGUUGCGGCUCCCGUUGUCUGACAACUACGCCGGUAUGUCCCGUUUCCUGCACCAUGGCUAUAGUCUUUGUUGUGAAUCUAGGCUCGGUCAUUGUAAGCAUUAGAGCUUC